AUGAUCGCUACAGCUCAUAUACAAUCCCCUCCUCAUCUUUUUCAUCCAUUUCCUACCAAUACCAUCAUGUCUUCCCAACCUCAACCUCAACCUCACGCUUCGUCAUCCAGAGGAACAAGAUCAGGAGCACCGGCUCUUAUGCCCACUGGAGGCAGAGGGUUUAAAGGUUUCUUUUCACGUACGAAAUCACCUGAACCUAUCGAAUCGCCUACUUCAAGAUCAAGAUUAAGAUCUUUCAUGGGUGAUACUUCCAGACACAACAUAGCCAAAGAGAAUACGCCGUCUUCAGAUGUCAAUGCUGGUCGUCAAGGUGUAGAGGGACAAAUAGGACGGCGAGUAAGACCGACUACACCGACGGAGAGGGCACAGAGUCAUAUCCGACUGAACCCAACAGCAUUACCAGCUCUGCAGAAGGGAGAAGAUGGGAAAUGGCAACCACCUUCCCUUUCUCGUGGCUCAAUGUCAACUUCGGCUUUGGCACUGCUGCAAGGUGAAAGAGAGGAACGUUCACCUACGCCAAAAGCUGCGGGGAGUGAAGAGACUUUCAAGAAGAGCCAUAAACACACUUUAUCCAAUUUGUUCCAAUCAUCAACACGCCAUAGAUCUACACCACCCACAGCUACCAUUAGAAUACAACCCACAGAUGAUUCCAAGACUAUCAGAGCGUCAUCAAGAGAUAGAAAGGAGAGAGAUCUAGAGCCCAUUCCAUCUCAAGCUUCCAGACCCUCUUUCUUGAAUAGCGAGAAAAGCACACAACAAAACCGCCGACUUGAGAACUCUCCUAGUCGACCAUCGGUGUCGUCUGCGAACAAAUGUCUGUCACCUCCCCAGACUUCUCCAACUCCUCAAAGACCUUCGCAUACUAUUCCGCUAAAUUCCACCGCCGCUGAUACCCCCUCGUCACCUCCACCUUUGAUGACAGUCAACAGCUACAGCAGUCCCGUAGCUCCCGUCCGGAUUUCCCACACCAAUACGAUGCUACCACCUCCUGUACCGAAACAUUCACGACAUGAUUCUACUCCUACGUCUAUCCUCUCUCAGAGCCACUAUCAUUUACGGUUGACCACUACGUUCAUUGUCAAAUCACUAACGCCUGUAUUCCGGGGAUCGGCAUUCGUGCAGAACGAAAAGAAUAUGGAGAUGAAACGCAUUGGAGAUGAAAGGUUAACAGCGUUGACCAGGAUGGAGAAAGCAUGGAGUGCAGAAUGGGCUAGAGUUGGACAUGCAUCGUCAAAUGCACAGGCAUCAUUCAUGCCUCCAGAAGGACCGACUAUCUCAUCCCACGAAGCGAAAGUCAGGCUAGUGUAUGUCGGUGAACGAGCUAAGGAGCGAGAGAGGAAAGCGUGGGUAGAAGCCUUGAAGGAUGGUAUACUACUUUGUUUCCUUCUCAACCACUUAUUUCCAGCACAACCACCUCACAUCACUAAGGUUAACAUCACAGAAGACGGCGUACUUCGUGCUACAAAUCUCACUCGCUUCAUUGCAUCGUGCCAGACAAUUGGUCUAUCUCCUGUGGGUGUAUUCGGUGUGACUGAUCUGCAAGAUGGCACAGAGAUCAGUUUGGGCAGAGUCGCAAGCACCAUCAUUGCCUUAGGUAGGUUAGCCGGUCCUGCAAAGGCUGGCGUUUCACAGAAUAGAUCUCCCGCCAGUUCCAAGCCUGGUUCAAGAAGUAAUAGCCGACCUCCUUCAAGAAACGCUUCGAUUUCCGUGUCGCCACCUCAAAGUCUGUCUACCAGUCGGUGCACUUCUGUUGAUCUUUCCCAAUCGAAGCAUCUAUCUUUGGACGGUCUAGCCUCAGCUUGCAAACCUUCAAAAAUCACUUCUAACAAGAACUCUCAGGAUUCGGAGGACACUCGGCAUCAGCUGCCCGCCAAACUGGAAAUCAAAACUGAUACAAGAGACACAAUCGAUCUCGAUGAUCCUAGUGCGUGGAGAACCCCGACAACCUCGACGUUUGCCCUACCUCCUUUGCCAUCUGACUCCCCAGCGAUCAAACGAACGCCAAUGUCACGGGCAACUACCCAGCAUAAUAUAUCACCCAUUCAAACGGAAUCUCCUACUUCGUCCCCUUCUUCCCGAAACCUCACUCCCGUCGGACGUCGAGUAUCCCUACAGAUACGUCCUUCGCUUCGACCUAGAAAUUCGACUGGCUCUCGCGUAUCAGUAUCUUUCGCGGAAAACGAACCUCAUUCGCCGCGAAAGAUCAAUCCCGCUCAAAGCCCCCCUCCUCUACACGCACAUUCCAGGGAAAGGACGCCUAGUCUUAUCAGUGCUGGGUCAAGGGUAACUUCUUCUGCCUAUAGUCGAUCAAGCGCUGCCUUUUCUGUAGCAACAGUUCUGGAAGGUGAUCAUGCCAAUGCCAUCGACUUGUCCGAAGAUAUCGAAUAUGAAGCGGGAAUGCUUCAACCACGAGAAAGACGAGCUAGCGAGCAGAAACUACAAGAAGCUAGACAGAAGAUUAUUGGUACCCUCAUGAGCAAUGAAGAUCUGUCCGACGACCUGAAGAAAUCUGUACAGGACAGCUCGGAAUUCACUCGACCAUCGCCAGAUGAAGCUAGAGUCUCGGCCCUUUCUGCGUCUUUAGCCGCACUUGAAGGCACAAAGUCGUCUCAUCCGCUGGGCAGAGUUGAAUCCAGUCCAGGGCGACGACCCAUUGCUCGUCGAGGCAUAAGUAAUGAAGUCGAUCGUGUACCCGAAGAAGAUGAGCACAGCUCUAAUGGGACAACGGUGGCGAUGUCGAAUGAAGGAUCGCGACCUUCGGUACUGAGGCGCUUGAGUUCAAAUGGCAAAGUAAUCAUACCCAAGCGAUCUGCAUCUCCCGCCUCUCAUUCAGCCAGUCCCACAGGAGUUGCGUUCCCGCCCUCAUCCUCGAUCACCGGUUCCUCAUGUAUGAUGCGAGCAACUUCACUCGGGUCCGGCCCACCCGUUGGGCAAGAUUCACCUGAAAUAGUGAAUAAAACCGAGCGCCGACAAUCAGACGGGCUUUCACGGGAAAAAGUGAAUCGACAUGCUCGAGAUGUGACAAUGUCGUCCGAGGACUCUGCAAGACCACUUCAGAUGCGUAUUAACAGCAUGAUCAACUUACCUUCAGCUGGUAUAGAAAGACCUCAUUCUUUGUUUAGAGAGCAUUCGAACCAGAAUGCAGUCAAGGCUAGUCUGCCCCUCCAGGUUUUGGAAUUCCGAGAGCCAGGUUGUCCUGUGAUCAAAUACCAACUUGGGAACUGUAUAGGUAGAGGUCAAUUCGGUUCAGUAUACAGAUCUCUUAACCUCAGCAACGGUCAGAUGGUCGCCAUCAAACGAGUUCGCCUAAAUGGAAUGAGAGAGGACGAAGUAACGGAUGUUAUGAAAGAGGUAGAACUGCUCAAACAGAUGUCACAUCCUUCUAUCGUUAAGUAUGAAGGUAUGUCAAGGGAUGCGGACUAUCUCAAUAUUGUACUUGAGUUCGUAGAAAAUGGAUCACUAGGUCAAACAUUGAAAGCAUUUGGCAACUUUAAUGAAAGGCUAGUCUCGUCAUACGUGGCCAAAAUCUUGGAAGGGUUGGACUAUCUUCAUUCGCAAGGGGUGGUUCACUGUGAUCUAAAAGCAGCAAAUAUUCUAUCGACCAAAAAUGGCAACGUCAAGCUUUCCGAUUUUGGAGUGUCACUUAAUAUGAAAGCUGUCGAAAACAUCAAACAAGACGCUAAGACGGCUGGUAAAGAAGGAGGAAAGAAGAGGGUAUCGGAAGUAGCGGGAACACCUAAUUGGAUGGCACCUGAGGUCAUAUCACUUGCUGGAGCAUCGUUCGCAUCGGAUAUAUGGUCUUUGGGAUGUACAAUCAUCGAGCUUUUGACUGGUAAACCACCUUACGCGGAUAUCGGCAACAGCAUGACAGUGCUUUUCCGUAUUGUUGAGGACGAUAUGCCUCCUUUGCCCCUUAAUAUCUCAGCCGCCUUGACGGAUUUUCUGAAGUUAUGCUUCAUCAAAGAUCCUACUGCUCGUCCUCCUGCAGUCAUGCUAUUUGAACAUCCCUGGGUCAAGGGAUUGAACCCUGAGCUAGGUCUUCGACCACAAGAUAGUGUACCAUUCCUCCGUCGGGUCAGUAUGGACCUCCGCCGCGUAGAUAGUCAACGAAUGUUUGAAGGUGAAAAUCCCAGCCCUUCUCUAGACGGUCCCGGAGAAGGCAGAAUUCAUAGACAUAGUAUGACUAGUUCUCAUGGAAGAGAUGGUAGUGGCUCGGACAAAGGUCAUGUCUUAAUCAAGACAUCCUUUGGUAAGGCCAUUGCAUGUCGAGUAUGUCUCGCAGAUGUCAGAAAGGCUGGUGUACUAUGUCAAGACUGUGGUUUGAUAGCACAUACAUCCUGCGCUCCGAAAGCUGCACCAAAAUGCGACAUCCAUGAGCAACUAGCUCUUUUCACCCGACAACAGGAAAUUCUCCAAGCUACUUUACUUGAUCGAACAGAUUCAACCCAACCUUUCUUCGAAACGGGCCACAACCCAUUAACGGCAUUACCAGUGAAGAUUCUUAAUGGUCUCAUAAGAUCUAAAUCACGUGGAGGAAUGAGUCUGGCUGUAUCCAGUCCAUCACAACUUGAUCUUAAUUCACAAUCCUAUCUGGAAAUGAAAAGAAACAUCAAACAAGGACAAGGACACGGACAAGGUGAAAGAGUUUAUCAUAGACCAAGUAUGGAAACUCAACCUUCUUCAAGAUCAACAAGCUUCAACAUACAAAGAUCAUCCGUUUAUAGUAACGUAUCGGAACACGGUCAGACCGAGCAGGAACAGCAAGCAGCUAAACGAAGAAGUGGUGUGAAUUUCGAUCUGAGUGAUCAACAUAAUCAAUAUCUGAAUCCAGCAGCUUAUACAAGAGGUGCUAUCUCAUCGAAUUCUCAAAUGGAUCUGGCAAAUGGAGGAAGUCAAUUGGAAUUGACAGCUGAGAAUUUGGCUAAAGUUGGAUAUGCAAAUAAAGGUGGUUUGAAAGAGAAGGAAAGUAAGAGUGAUUGUUGUUUGCAAUAA